UUUUGUAAAAUAAGCUAAUUUUUCCAUUAGUUUUUCUCCAGAAAUACUUAACCAAAGCAUUUUACAAUAAAUUAUACAAUUUUUAGGUUAUUGAAGAUGACCCGAAGGAAAAAAUGAUGCACAAUAGUGAUAUAAAUGUUUUGGGAUUAGCAGAACCGAAACUAUGGAAUAAACGAAGCUAGCAACUAACUUUUUUACUCAAUUUCUACAACUCGUUAAAUGAUAAGGUAACUUUUGCUGUGAAAUGGCUUUUGUGACCCAUAAUGGUUCCGGAGGACGGGGGCAGAGUAGGAAACAUAACAAGCAUGAGGAUGAGGAGGCAGGGAAGGUGUUUGUUGGAGGACUCAGUUGGGAAACUGCACAGGAUAAUCUACUUAGAUAUUUCUCCAGGUUUGGUGAAGUUAUCGAUUGCGUCGUGAUGAAAAACGCGGAAACGGGAAGAUCUCGAGGCUUCGGUUUCGUCACGUUUAGCGAUCCUUCGAACAUUGAUUCCGUGAUCCAGAGCUGCCCGCACACCCUGGACGGUCGAACGAUCGAUCCUAAACCCUGUAAUCCUCGGUCUGCACAGAAACCAAAGAAAAACACGACCUGGCCUAAAGUGUUCUUAGGAGGACUACCUAGUAGUAUCACAGAGACGGAUCUCAGAGCCUUUUUCUCCAGAUAUGGAGAAGUUAUGGAGGUGGUGAUAAUGUACGAUCAGGAGAAGAAGAAGGCUCGAGGGUUUGGUUUCCUCUCCUAUACUACCGAGGAUGCUGUAGAUCUAGCUGUAGCAGAACAUUAUGUCAACAUACAGAACAAGCAGGUGGAGAUCAAGAGAGCUGAACCUAGGACAAAUAUUUCGGAGCUUAAUAACGGACCCUUGGUCGAUCAGUGGGGCACGCCCGCCCAGAAUGGGGUACAUAAUGGGGCACAGGCCCAGGUUACACCUACUUACAGUGGAUGGGGGGCACCCCCCACACUCCCGCCUCCCGUUACACAGAAUUUUACUCCGACUGCGUUCACCGUUGGUCCAGGACACUGGGGAACGCCCCCUGUUAGUCAACAAUCUCAUGGAUGGGGAGCCCCACCCCCCGCCCAACAUCAUAACUCCUACGCCCCGUUAGCCCCUUCUCACCCAAUACAUUACAACGGACACCAUUUUAUAUCUCCAAACCCAGCUCCUAGCCACACCUUCACCACAUCCUACUGGGGUUCUCCUCCAGGACCAACCCCACCCCCUUCCACCCCUCAAGAGAUGUACUCACCCCACGCCGCCUCCCCUCAAUCCCCCCACCAACCAAAGUAUGAAAUGUCAAUGACUGGGUACCAUUUGCACCCAGCCCCUGGUCCACCGGAAUAUACCAGGAUUUAUCAGAAGCCAAUGAACCCUCCCCAGUACUCCAGCUCUGCCACCCCUGAGUACUUUUCCCCUCCUGUGGUUGCCCCUGUGGCCUAUGCAGCUGAACCUUCAGGGCCCCCACGGAUUGGAAUCCCAGGGGGCUAUGCACCCCCUCAAAUUGGGAAUUUCCACUCCUACCGUAGAUCUUAGUACAAGCGCAUCUACUUGACGAACAAUAGUUCCAGAUCUGAUAUUUUCAAUAUGUUGUUCAUUUCUUCUUUACAUUCAAGGUUCUUGUUUUUUAUACAUGAAAUUUUCAUUGCUUAUCGUUUCAAGAUUCAAUAAUUUUAUUUUAUAUUUAUUAUUUUCUUGAAUUGAACAAAUUUUACACGACACGAUGCAAAGUCGUUUCUUAAAGUGAUGCCAUGGAUCCCAAUUGUACACUUUGUACACCAUUGUACCGUAUGUUAUGAGUUUAUCAUAAUCAACCAAAAAUUUUAUUUAUUUUGUUCAGUUACUCUAUUAUGAAUAUGCCAACUUUUACAAUAUGUUUUUAUAUUAGAAAUAAUCUCGGACAAGUUUCCUAAAUACCCUGCUAAAAGUACACAAAGAAAAACUCAAAAAAAAUUUAUUAAUGAAAAAAAGUAUUUAAAACGAAAAUGAGCAUUUUUUUAAUGGUUUUUUAUGUACUCAGUGGAAAAAAAAGUCAAAGAAGACAUCACAAAAAGUUAACUUUUCAUCAUAACGCAUUAUACUUAUGUUAUCCCUGGCCAGGGUUUUUUGCAUUUUAAACAGCAAAGAAACUGAACACUCGCCUAAUACUCUAAUCUAACCCUCCUUUUAUCUUUACAUCCUGGCACUAAAUUUAAUGAAUUCGAUUUGCUUACCGCCGCCGGCUUAAAUUUGAAUCACCGAUUCAAAUCCUUCCUGAGUCCGAAUUUUAUGAAUUUGAACCGCGUCUCAAAGUCGCCAAAAAUCGGUCUCAAUUGAGCGCCGCCUUGAAUCUUAAAACAAUUUUAAGUGAAACCAACCACAUUUGAGUCGCGUCUCAAAUUUAAGCCGCGGCUCAAAUUCAUUAAAUUCGGACACUGAAUCUUUAAAUAAACUGGCAACAGGUAGUUGUGACGCAGCUCAAAUUCAGUAAAUUCGUUCCCUGAUAUCGUAAACCUUUUGAUAUAGCAGAAUUUAUAUCUUGAAAUAUCAAAGGUUAGUACGACACCAGCUUCUAAAGAAAAGUGGAAUCAAAAUUAGAAUUUGUGUCGAGUAUUCAGUUCCUUUAAGCAUACACCAGAUAAUACCAAUAGAAAAGGAAUGUUGUUUUAUUUAUUUAGUAAAGAAACUUUUGUACAUGAAUACCUUAAAGCGCCCCUUUCUUGGUAAAAAUUCUAAAACUAAUAAUUUUUUACCUGACAUUAUACAUCCUGGAUUGGUUGGAUUUUUUAAAAGGGACCAG